UUUCCCCGCCUCCCCCGCCGUUCGCAGCCAAUGGGAAGGCUCUGUACUACGGGGUGUGGAGGGGACGGCGCCGUGGUGAAGAUGCCCCGUGUAAAAGCAGCUCAGGCUGGAAGACCCGGACCUGCGAAGAGGCGCCUUGCAGAGCAGUUUGCCGCUGGAGAGGUCAUAACCGACAUGUCUAGGAAGGAGUGGAAACUAGGAUUGCCCAUUGGCCAAGGUGGCUUUGGCUGCAUCUAUCUGGCGGACACAAAUUCUUCCAAACCGGUUGGCAGUGACGCGCCCUGUGUUGUGAAAGUGGAACCCAGUGACAAUGGACCUCUUUUCACGGAAUUAAAGUUCUACCAGAGGGCUGCUAAACCAGAGCAAAUUCAGAAAUGGAUUCGUACACAUAAAUUGAAGUACCUUGGUGUUCCUAAGUAUUGGGGAUCUGGUCUACAUGAUAAAAAUGGAAAAAGUUACAGGUUUAUGAUAAUGGACCGCUUUGGGAGUGACCUUCAGAAAAUAUAUGAAGCAAAUGCCAAAAGGUUUUCUCGGAAAACUGUAUUGCAGCUAAGCUUAAGAAUUCUGGAUAUCCUGGAGUACAUCCACGAGCAUGAGUACGUGCAUGGGGACAUCAAGGCCUCCAACCUGCUCCUGAGUCACAAGAACCCUGACCAGGUAUAUUUGGUAGACUAUGGCCUUGCUUAUCGGUACUGCCCAGAUGGAGUUCAUAAAGAGUACAAGGAAGAUCCCAAAAGGUGCCAUGACGGCACCCUGGAGUUCACCAGCAUCGACGCUCACAAAGGCGUGGCCCCAUCAAGACGUGGGGAUUUGGAAAUACUUGGUUAUUGCAUGAUCCAGUGGCUCAGCGGCUGUCUUCCUUGGGANGAUAACUUGAAAGAUCCUAACUACGUUAGGGAUUCCAAAAUUAGAUACAGAGACAACGUCGCAGCUUUGAUGGAGAAAUGCUUUCCUGAGAAAAAUAAGCCAGGUGAGAUCGCUAAGUACAUGGAGUCUGUGAAACUACUGGAAUACACCGAAAAACCUCUCUAUCAAAACCUGCGUGACAUCCUUUUACAAGGACUAAAAGCUAUAGGAAGUAAAGACGAUGGCAAACUGGAUUUUAGUGCUGUGGAGAACGGAAGUGUGAAGACAAGACCAGCCUCAAAGAAGCGGAAGAAAGAAGCAGAAGAAAGCGCGGUGUGCACUGUGGAGGACAUGGAGUGCUCAGACACACAGGUGCAAGAGGCCGCACAGACCCGUUCCAGGAGGCAGCAGCAUUUGGGAUUGGAGCAAGACAUGCUAAGGCUAGACCGUAGGGGUUCACGAACCAGGAAGAAAGCCCAGAAGUAAACGACAUGCCAGGAGCCGUCUUCUCUGCCUAUUCAUUUGAUUUUUUAAAAAUUCUUUCCUAUUUUAUGUUUUAUUUUCAUGAAAGUCUUCUGGAGUGUUAGUAAUAAUUGAGUGGCUAUUUUUUAAAAAAAAAACACUUUAUUAAAAUGAAUAUUUUGUGUACUUUAUUGAAGGAUAAUUUAUAAAAUCCUGAAUCUUUAGUCGUCAUAACCCAUGUGAUCUGGGGCUCAGGCUGCUGCGCGCUUCCCAGACUGGACAGAGCGCUCAGCAGGCUCCUUGCUUUUAAGGAAUGAAGAACUUAAAGGUCUCUUUUGCUCGGUGUAGUAUAUAAGUCGUUGUGACAAUAAAGUCUGGUCUCCAUGGA